AUGCGGUCGCAAGGCAUGAAAGGUCCUCCUUACAGAUUCCUACAUGGAAACACCAAAGAGAUUUACAAUAUGAGAAAUGAAAUCAUGAGCAGUCCAAUGGAAUUAUCCCACCAGAUGCUUGCUAGAAUUCAGCCUCAUGUUUAUUCAUGGAUCAAGCUAUAUGGGAUGAACUUUCUUAGUUGGUAUGGUCCUCGAGCUCAAUUGGUAAUUACUGAACCUGAGCUGAUCAAAGAGGUAUUGAGCAAUAAAGAUGGAGCAUAUCCUAAAUUAGUGAUCCAAAAUUAUGCAGAGAAGCUCUUAGGGGAUGGACUUGUACUGUCCCAAGGUAAAAAAUGGCUUAAGAUGCGUAAACUAGCGAACCACGCAUUCCAUGCAGACAGCUUGAAAGGGAUGAUUCCAGCAAUGAUCGCCAGUGUAGAGACAAUGCUUGACAGGUGGAGACAGUAUGGAGUCAAGGAAAUUGAGGUCUUCCAAGAAUUCAAGGUCCUAACAUCAGAGAUAAUUUCCAGGGCUGCUUUGGGAAGCAGUUAUUUGGAAGCGAAGAACAUCUUUGAUAUGCUGACGAGAAUGGCUCUCAUAGUCGGCAGAAACAACUAUAAAGUUGGAAUUUCUGGCAUUAAAAAAUUUUUCAAAACAAGGGAUGAUAUUGAAUCAGAGAAACUUGAUCAAGGCAUACGUGACUCUAUUUUAAAGGUGAUAGAGAAAAGAGGAGGCGAUGAUGGUACUGAACCAGCUAGUUAUGGAAGUGAUUUUCUUGGUCUACUUCUAAAAGCUCAUCACGAAAAUGAUAAGACCAGGAAAAUAUCAAUAGAUGAUCUGAUUGAUGAGUGCAAGACUUUUUAUGUUGCUGGACAUGAAACAACUACAAGCUCACUUACCUGGACGGUUCUCUUCCUAGCAAUUCACACAGAUUGGCAAGACAGAGCAAGGGAGGAGGUGUUUCAAUUAUUUGGCCAACAAAAUCCAUGUCCUGAUAGUAUUGGAAGAUUGAAAACUAUGACCAUGAUUGUCAAUGAAUCUUUAAGGCUAUAUCCUCCAGUUUUCAAUCUCACAAGAGAAGUCCAAAAGGAAGUCAAAUUGGGGAAGCUAAUUGUUCCAGCAAAGACGACUGUUUGUCUUUCAGUACUUGCACUUCACAAUAAUCCACAAAUAUGGGGGGAAGAUGCUCACCUUUUCAAACCAGAAAGAUUUGCAGAUGGAGUAGUCAAAGCUGCAAAGAAUAACGUCACUGCAUUUCUUCCAUUCGGCUUGGGACCUCGAAGUUGUGUGGGCUUGAACUUUGCACUGUCAGAAAUUAAGAUUGCACUCUCUAUGAUUCUACAGCAUUACAGGCUCACUUUGUCACCCACCUAUGUUCAUUCACCACGUCACAUUCUAACAAUAAGCCCACAAUAUGGACUUCAAAUCCUACUCGAGGCACUGUAA